AUGAGCAGCAGCAGGUUCAACAGGUUCUUCAGAAGGUCUCAAACCAAUGUUGAAGCCUGCAGAGCAGUGUUUCCAGGAGAAAUGGCUGAGACUGAAGAUGACGAAGAUGAAGUGGGCUCUACAAUAAGGAGGGAUGAUGUUCAAGCACAUCAUAAACUAGAAUGUGACAACAUUGCUGGAGGAAACCCAGACAGAGUUUCCAUUGGGGACGGGAGCCUCCAAAUCUUUCUGUCAGUCACGAACGGAGGGGAUGCCUCAAGUCAAGUCUCACACAGCCGCCAAGACACAAAGGCCAACAAAGAUAGCACAAGUUGGAGAAGGAAAUGCGGCUUUUCAGGGUUCAGCACCCUGAAGGAAUCCGAACAAUCCUUGCGUGACCUGUGCUGUGUGACACUCCAAGUUUUCUCUGUGUUAUUGAACAUGAUUCCUGACCAAAGGUACAAGACCACAGACAUGCCAAAAGAAGACAAGCUGGUGUUAUUCUUGAUGAAAUUGAAGUUAGGAAUCAGCCUCACGUCACUGGGAGCACUGUUUGGAGUGGACAAGUCAACGGCUUCGAGAGCUUUUCGAUACAUCUUGGACAUCUUGAGUGUAAAACUUGAAAGAUGGGUGUUUGUGCCACCACGUGACGUGAUCAAAGACACCAUGCCAGACAUCUUCAAGCAGCAUUACCCGAAUUGUACCUGUAUUAUAGACUGCACUGAAAUAAGAACCGAGACACCAGGACAGACAGAUCAGCAGUACUACUUGUACUCCAAUUAUAAAGGGACUUUUACACUUAAAGUGUUAAUCGCUAUUGUUCCAAAUGGACAGUUGGCAUUUGUUUCCAAGGUAUACGGUGGUCGCCACAGUGACACAUUCAUCACCAAAGAUUCCGGUUUUCUUCACCACGUCCAGCCAGGAGAUGUCAUAUUGAGUGACAAAGGCUUCCCAUCUGUGAGAGCGGACAUGUCAGACAACGGUGCGGUGCUUAUCAUGCCACCAAUGGCGAAAGGGGGCCAGUAUUCUGAGCAAGACAUGGACGACACAUAUCGUGUCGCUCAAGUACGAAUACAUGUAGAGAGGGCUAUCCAACGGCUGAAGCUAUUCAAUGUUUUAAACAACAGAGUACCGGUCACCCUAAUCCCACAUAUGAACAAAAUCAUAAGGGUCUGUGCAGCACUCGUAAACACUCAGAGUCAUAUUAUCAGGACAGACUGAGCAUUUGGCUCCAAGGCAUGCUUUCGUUCCUUCUAAGAAAUAGUAAAAUAGUUAUGCUGU